AUGGAAGUUGUCGGAUGGGAUGGCGGCGCCGAGGGGCAGGAGCUUGACACGGAGUUCCAGACUGGGGAUUGUCUGGAAGUAGAGUUCGAGGAUGAUGACGCGCCGGAUGACGACGGCGGCGAUGACAUGGGAGAUGAGGAGGUUGGCGUCAUCCCGGAGAGCGAGAUUUACUCCGAUGAGGCACGGGCUCAGCCGCUCGUGGUCUGA